UGUAUUGGCUUCACCAUCGUUCUUCAGCUGCAUCGUCUUACGUGUAAAGAAACAGAUCGAACGAGCAUUAGCAAUACUAUGCUGUCUACUACAACGGUUAUUUUCACUGCAGUGUGCUUCUUGUGUGGUGUUGAAAGAACGCAGUCUGUUGCGUUGGUGUGCUUAGUACAGCCGUGCAACAACAGAGCGUUGUGUCCACCCGUCAACUGUACAUCAGGCACGGUCUAUGAUUCCUGCAGAUGCUGUCAACAGUGCGGACUGCCCAACGGCUCGGUCUGUGACGAACGACGGUCACCAUCAGACAACGGGAGAUACUGUGCUCAUGGACUCGUCUGUGAGAUGAAUGGCUCGAAUGUUGAAGGCAUAUGCAAAGGUGAUGUGAAGCAAUGUCAACAUGGAGAGCUCUGGAACGUAGACGACUCUACGUUCUGUGGUUGCUGGGGAGGUCGCACUGUCUGUCAAGCUGCCAAACGGCACCGCCAUUUAAGUAACAUAACUCCCACUCCGGCCAUUGGUGUGUUUGGAAUUUCAGUGAGUCCCACCCUCAAUGAGUAUCAGAGUGGGUCUAGUGUCAACAUCACGUGCGAAUACCAAGGGUACCCUAAACCUAUUCUCGUCUUUACUUAUAACCACAAGAUCAUAGAUGAUAGACCGACCCAGACGAUCAAAGGAGAGUACGGCUCAACGGUCUUGGUAGCAACGUUAAUCAUCAAUGAGUUAACAAUACGGGACACAGGCAGCUACAGUUGUCUAGUGAUGAACAAGGCAGGAAUGGCAGAGACGGUCACAAAACACAUAAAAGUUCGGCCUACACAAAUUGGCAGCGCAGGCCAGAUACCAGUCUUUAUCCAUCCCAAUCAUGACUACGAAAAGAAAGAAAGCUCAAAAGCGAUUAUCAUAUGUCGCGCGGUGGGCAAUCCUAUCCCAGACGUCUCCAUCACGAAAAACGGUCAAAAGAUUCCACAAUCAGACAGCAAUAGACUGCGCAUCUUUCAGACAGUGCACGCAGAACAAGGAGAAAAACAUCUGAUCCUCUUGUUCAGCAAGCUCCUCCUAUCCGAUACCGGCAUGUACACAUGCACAGCAACAAACGACGAAGGAACCACAACAAGCCGGUCCCACCUUCAAGUGACCCAAUCUCCUUUCCUCUGCACAUUCGAGACGAACACGUGCGGCUGGUCAGUCAUCCAAGACCGCUCGGAGAUACCGUGGAGGCGCGUGAAAGCGUCCGAAGUCAGUAGCCACAAUGGCCCUUCGAAAGACUCUACAAGAAACGACUCCAACGGCCACUUUCUCUAUCUGCGAAACUCGUCGCACGGCGGUCAAGUCGCAGUCAUUGAAAACAUUAUGACAAUGAAUGUCUGCCGAGUCUGGCUCCGCUUCAUCGUCCAUGGAGACAAUACGACGAGGCUAAAGGUCAUGAUGAGAAGCAACGGCGAAAAGACACUGCUCACCGACUACAUAGGUAAAGCGUCGAACAAGUGGGUGAAGCGAUUGAUUCCGCUCACAGAGCAAGUAGAGCGGCUGCGAAAGUUAGAAAAGCCACAAACACUGCGGCUGCAAAUAUUAGGAAAACUAGGACGAGGACAUAAACAUUACAUUGCCAUUGAUGACAUUCAAUAUGAAAAGUGCCCUGGAAGAAGACGCAAGAGACAGCUGUUUCGUUAAAUACUAACGGACUCUUUACGAUACUAUAUUUUUACUUCAAGUGAAGAAACACGGGAAUGAGACUGAUAAGCUUCUUUUUUAGACGCUGAUACUAACCAGUCGAUUACAUAUACGUUAGAUCGCAUAAGAAAUGCUUGUACCUUAUACAUAUGACGGCUAUGUAGUGUUCAAGUAGUGUAAAAUGUAUACGGAUAUUGGAUCUAUUUUAGCUCAGCAAUAAUUUGUGACAAUAUAUCGCUAUGGAAAC